AUGGUUCAUGCAAUAACAACGCUUGAAGAACUUCGAAGUGAAACUGAACAUGAAAAAAACAAAAACAAAUUAAUCGUCAUAGAUUUUUUUGCAACAUGGUGCGGUCCUUGUGUUCGUAUAGCACCAAAAAUUGAAGAAUGGAGUACAGGUGAUUUCAAAGAUAACGUAGUUUUUUUAAAAUGUGAUGUCGAUCAAGCUGAAGCUGUUUCACAAGAAUAUAAUAUUGAAGCAAUGCCAACAUUUGUUUUCAUUAAAAAUGGAAAAGAAGUUCAUCGACUUGUUGGUGCAAAUGUCGACCAAUUAAAAGCUGACAUUGAUAGCAGAAGCAAAUAG